AUGGAUACCAUCGUAUGUGACGCCCUCCGUGAGUCAAUGAUGAACAUCAGUCCAUCUAUAGCCGUGACAGCCGCUGUCGGGCUGCUCAUGGUACUUGGGCUUGUCACGUUCAGAUCUGUGCUAUCAGAAAAGAUUCUGCCUGGUGUUCCCGAGCUUAAGGGUGUUCCAAUUCUGGGUGCCAUGCCAAUCUACCUCAAGCAUGGAAUGCCUCAGCUUCUUGGAAGACUCAUCGCAAUUGGCGAGGACGGAAUCUCGUAUGCCAAAGUCGUCAACAAUGUGCUGGUCUCGGUCCAUGACCCGGCCAUGGUGAAAGAGGUCCUAUCAUACCCAGAAGAAAUUGCAUCUCGGGAGGGUGAUAUUGGGCGGAUGAGCUGGUCUCCGUUUUGGACACUCAGACGCCUCAUUGGCGAAUCUCUAUUUAACUACGUUGGCCCCGACACCAGCCACCAUCGCAACGUCUUCAUCCGUGAAUUCAACAGCACCAAGUCCAAUGCCGAAAAGUUCAGCACGAUUAAGCGAAUCGCCCAGGAGCACGCCAACAUGUUGACAGGUCAGGCCAAGGCCGCCGAUGUGGAUGAUAUCAGAUACUCAGCAGACAACUUUGCCAUUGCUCUCUGGGGAGAGACUCUGUAUGGCAACCCCAGCCAUUACAUUGGUGGUCGUGUGUUGGAGCUUUCCGAGACCAUUAUUACAUUGGCUGGUAAUCCUUGGCCUUCCGUUUGGUAUUCUAUUCAACUGUUCUUCAAAAUGGUGACUCCGGGCGAGCCAACUCGGUCAGAGUCCAAGCUCCGACAGAAAGUGGCCAAGGUUGUGGAAGCAAACAUGGAGAAGCUUGAGGCAUACGAGAAGGCAAAUCCACAAGCUCCUCUGAAGACUAUCCGCAAUCUGUCUGUCAUGACUGGUGGCGGUAAAACCGGUCCUCUCUCCAAAUUUGCGUCUGAAUUUACCAACCUCAACCUCUUCGGUGGUCAUCACAGUAUUGGCUUGAACGUUACCUGGUCAUUGAUUGAGCUCGAUAACAACCCUGAAUGUCUAAAGAAGCUCAUGGCCGAAAUCGAUUCGGUAGACACCAAUGAUUUCAAUAGCGUCAACUCCAAAAUGCCCUAUCUGGAUGCCAUCAUUAUGGAAAUCAACCGAUUGCACCCUACUGUUCACGCUACUCUUCGAGUUAUCAACGCUGAAACAAAGCUCGCCGCCAGCAAGAACCCCGUUGUCUUGAAACCAGGCAUGCUAAUUUACCUUUCAUACCUCCACUUGCACACUUCGCCCAAGUUCUGGGGUCCUGAUUCUUACAAAUUUAUUCCGGAGCGCUUCCUCGGUAGUUAUGACAAGACUCAGCCGUUCAUGUCCUUUGGAUACGGACCACGCAACUGCGUUGGGUACAAAUUUGCAACCUUGGCCGCGAAAGUAUAUCUUCUCACUCUUUUCAAAACAUAUGAUUUGCAUGUUAAGGAUCAUGAUCAUGAAAUGAAGCUCGGCACACUGCUUGAGACCACCAAGCCAGUGGCUGUCAAGGUCACCCACAGAUCUUGA